GGCUGGAGCAAACACCUGCAUGUCCUGUAGCUCUCCAGGAAAAGGUUUUGCCACCCCUGUGCAAGUAUGAGAAUUUGAGGCAGUAGUUGUUGAAACAUAGUGUGUCCUCCUGUGUCUUCUUCAGGACGAGCUGGCCCGUGUGUUGGUGACACUGUUUGACUCUCGCCACCUGCUGUAUCAGCUGCUGUGGAAUAUGUUCUCCAAGGAGGUAGAGCUGGCUGACUCCAUGCAGACUCUCUUCAGAGGCAACAGUCUGGCCAGUAAAAUCAUGACCUUCUGUUUCAAGGUUUACGGGGCGGCGUACCUACAGAAGCUCCUGGAGCCUCUACUUAACAGUGGCACAACAUCAGCUUUGAGGUGGACACAACCAGGUCGGAACAUUAACCGGAAGCAUUCCACCAGUUAGACUGUGGUAGCCUGGUGUGGUGGUAAAGGAUAGCAUGUCGAUUUGAGCAAUUUUGGGGGGGUAACCUUUUUAAAUGGAAGUUACCUAGGCAAUCCUGACUUUUUAAAAAUUGAAUAUCUGAAACAUACAAUAUACUUGCAGUGAAGCUGCUCAACAACUACAUCAUACCAGUCAUCCAACAGACUCCCAUUCAGAGCGACACACAGAAGCCUCCACGGUCAAAUCCCUGCUCAAGGGCACGUUGACAGAUCUCCCACCAGGCCAAAAAACGUGAAGCCCAACCCCCCCUAGGUUCUCCAAUAGCUGUCCCUCAACCAUUCAACCAAUCUGCUUACCUAUUGCAGAUUCAGUCUUCCCAGCCUCGUGCAGGUCUACAAUUUUGUUUCUGGUGUCCUUUGACAGCUCUUUGGUCUUGGCCAUAGUGGAGUUUGGAGUGUGACUGUUUGAGGUUGUGGACAGGUGUCUUUUAUACUUAUAACAAGUUCAAACAGGUGCCAUUACAGGUAACGAGUGGAGGACAGAGGAGCCUCUUAAAGAAGAAGUUACAGAUGACGAAGGAACAGCUUGCCAAAUUGUGCAAGACAAUUGUAACCUUCAUCGCACAGACCACCCUGCAGAUCCUGCUGCCAGCCCUGGCCCGCGUACUUGGGGUAAAGGACUUUGCUGACGACGACACUGACUCACCCAAGAGGGGUGGCAGUGCAAGAUCCUUUGCUGCCUUUGAUCAGGAAAGACUGGAGCUCAUCCAGGAAGUUAGAUAUCUGGCGAAGAAAAUGUAUAAGGGCGGCACAGGGGCUCAACAUCUCAGGUCCCUAACACCCUCUUCUAAGAGCUUUUACCUUCGACAUCAACAAGCGACGCACGGGCUGGUCCUGCAGACUCCCACGCCCAUGGCCCAGGAGAACGCUGGGGGCCACCUGCUCACUCACGUCCCAGCCAUCUCCUUUGAGACCGACUCUACUGUGGAGUGCACCUCCAAGUGGACUCCGGAAGAGAGGGACCGGGUGAAGGUUAAACUGGCCAACAUGGCCUUGAUGGGAAGGAUCAAAAAGUCUUGGCUGUGAAAUGCCCAUUAUGUGUGAUUAUCGAAUUUAUAAUUUUCCACUUUUGAAACAACAAUGGGAAAGACAGGGUUUAUAGCAAAGGUUGCUCAGAUUGGGCUUUUGGAAAAAUUGGGAGAAUGAAAGUGCACUCCUGAUUCAGAGAGAAAGAUCCAUCUUAAUCAUCCAUACCAUUGUUUAAAUUACAAUUAAAAAAACAUUCAAACUGUUCCUGAGUUUCGAAAGACAGAGAAAGGAAAACAUCCUUAUCUUCAGGCUGUUCACACCUGUUCACACAAGUCCUACUGUCCACAAUCUCAGGGUUCUUCAAUACAAACACACCUGUUUCAGAAAACCUGAUCACUUUCACAUUCAAACAAUGUUUGUAGGAUACUUUCAAUAACUCAAUAAAUGUAAGUGUUGAAACCAUACAUAGCUGGUAACUUGAGCUCGGCAGAGUAGUUUUGACCUGUGUCCAGAUGCAGUCAUUUAUGUUGUCUAAAGGCAAUUUGUCUCUUAUAACAAUGUAAUUUUUCUGAAUAAUCUAAUUGAAUUGACUGGUAGGUAGUCACUAACUAUUUGUAGCAUGUGUUCCUCUGUUUAUUGAUAUUUGUAUGGUGUGUAUGUGUUAAGCUGUUAAGUAAUUAAUGUUGAUAUUAUCCAAAGGGUUUUUAACUGAAAUGUUAAAUGUUGGUGUCUCGAUCUCAGACAUUUGCGCUCAUAUUUGUAAAUAGUAUUUCAAAAAUGGCAGAAUCAAACAGUAUUGGAAUAGUGACUUGUAUUUUGCAUCUAGAAGUGUAAGAAUUUUAGAAGAAUGCUAUUUCAUCAGUCAAAUGUUGCACUGUUAUCAAACAGGGUUGUGCUGAAAAUCAAAUGAACCACAGCCAAAUUAAUCAUUUGCAACUAAGAGUAAGAUUAAAAAAGACAUGUAUAACUUACUUCCUUGAUAAAAUACAUUCUAAAAUGUAAAUAUAUGUGAUUUCUGAGUAUGUAGUGCACAUAUCUGUUUAAGGCCCAAAGCAGACGUUUUUAUAUCAAUAUCAAAUCAUUUCUGGGUAACAAUUAAGUACCUUACUGUAAUACAUUACGAUGAAAAUGGUCCAAAAUGUAUUUUUUGCAAAAAACACUUUCUCAAGCACUAAUUUUGCUAGGACUGUCUGGGAGUGGUCAGUGUGGAGGGGAAAUUAAAGCUAGCUGUUAUUGGCA